CUGGGCAACAAUCACGAACACAAAGCCAAAACUCGCAGCCUCUCUGCCUGCGCUCCGUCUCGCCCCGCGUCUCGCAGCAGCAGCAGCAACUGCUUCUCCUCCUCCUCAUCAUUUGCUAUGUAUACUCGCGCAUGACCAGUCUCUCGUUAGCUUCACGGAUUGCAAGGCUCGCAUGACCGUCUCUCUCACACUUCCGGAUUGCCUGUUUUGACCCAGAGCUUUGUUGCCUUGAGCGGGUUUUCGUUUCGGUUGGGUGGGGGUUUUGGAGGAGGUGGUGACUGCGGGAAGGAAUUUUUUGUUUUAGAUGCCAGGUCCUGGAUUUUGCGAUGGGAGAAGGCAUUCUGAGAGCGGUGGUGUGAAUCUGAGGUGUGGUGGAUUGGCAGUAGUGGUGGUGGAGGGAGUGAGAGGUGGAGUCAAGGAGUAGAGAGUGUGGGAAAGAGGACGUGAAGAGGUGCGGGUGGUGGUGGUGUAGCAGGGAGAGGAGGAGAGGUUGCGGAAGAGGGUGGAAGGAGGAGGUGUGCUGUAUGUCUGAUAGCGGAGCAGGAGUGGGGAAGGAGACGGUAGGAGGAGGGGCGCUUUCUAAACCCUGUCAAUGGACCCACGUGAGGGCGCGCAGACGCUUUGCUGCCAUGCGUCGGCGGAAUCAUCCGGAGGUGGAGCAGCAGCGGGGAAGGGUGCAGAGAUGCGGGGGAGUGGGGGAAACGCUGGAUCGUUGGAGCCCGCGCCUGCGUCCGGUGAGGUAGACAUGCUCGGAGACAGUCACGCGCAUGUCGAACACCAGCCGGAGCUUCACCGCCCCAACUCCAAGGCCGGUGUCCCAUUUGGAUCACUGGAUUCUGCCUCAGCUGUUACCAGCACUGUCAAAGGACCUGGAAUACCAGUUCUUCGCUCGCAGUCAGCGCACCCUCUCGAUCCGUUGACUCCGACGGAGAUUGCCGUAGCCAUAGCCACAGUGAGGGCGGCCGGUGCCACUCCAGAAGUGCGUGAUGGAAUGAGGUUUGUGGAAGUCGUUUUGAACGAGCCUGAUAAGAACGUUGUCGCUCUGGCCGAUGCAUACUUCUUCCCUCCUUAUCAGCCGACGCUGUAUCGUCCGAAAGCCAAAGGAGGCGCCAUGUAUCCUCUCCAACUGCCCCCUCGGCAGGCCAGAUUGGUGGUGUAUAACAAGAGAACCAAUGAGACUAGUAUCUGGGUGGUGGAGCUCAGUGAAGUGCACGCCACCGCUCGCGGUGGUCAUCACCGUGGCAAGGUGUUCUCGUCGGUGAAUGUGCCGGAUGUCCAGCCGCCCAUGGAUGCCAUGGAGUAUGCGGAAUGUGAGGCUUUAGUGAAGGAGUAUCCUCCCUUCGUUGAAGCCAUGAAAAAGCGCGGAAUCGAAGACAUGGACCUUGUCAUGGUGGACCCUUGGUGUGUAGGUUAUUACGGCGAAGAAGACUCUCCAAGUCGUCGACUGGGCAGGCCGUUAAUUUUUUGUCGAACCGAAAGUGAUUGUCCUCUUGAGAAUGGUUACGCGCGCCCUGUGGAGGGCAUCCACGUAUUGGUAGACAUGCGACACAUGCAGGUCAUUGAGUUUGAGGAUCGUAAUUUCGUGCCACUCCCGCCUCCUGACCCUUUACGUAACUACACCGCUGCCUCCUCUCGCGGCGGAGUUGAUCGGACUGAUAUCAAGCCCUUGCUAAUCACUCAGCCGGAAGGACCCAGCUUUCGAGUAAAUGGUUAUGCAGUGGAGUGGCAAAAGUGGAACUUUCGCGUGGGCUUCACACCUCGAGAAGGAUUGGUUAUCCACACAGUCGCGUAUGACGACGGCAGUCGCGGCAGGCGGUCGGUGGCACAUCGCUUAAGCUUUGUGGAGAUGGUUGUGCCCUAUGGAGAUCCACAUGAUCCACAUUAUCGCAAGAAUGCUUUUGACGCCGGAGAAGAUGGUCUCGGCAGGAAUGCUCACUCUCUGAAGCGGGGUUGUGAUUGUCUCGGCCACAUUAAGUACUUCGACGCUCACUUCACAAAUUUUCUGGGAGGUGUGGAGACAAUAGAGAAUUGUGUAUGUAUGCACGAGGAAGACCAUGGCAUACUUUGGAAGCAUCAGGAUUGGCGAACUGGGAUGACCGAAGUGCGGCGAUCACGACGGCUCACAGUGUCCUUCUUUUGUACUGUGGCGAAUUAUGAGUAUGGGUUCUUCUGGCACUUUUACCAGGAUGGGCACAUUGAGGCUGAGGUGAAGCUCACGGGUAUUUUGAGUUUAGGUGCGUUGAAGGCCGAUGAGAAUCGUAGACAGGGCACUGUCAUUGCGCCUGGGUUGUAUGCCCCUGUGCACCAACACUUCUUUGUGGCGCGCCUUGACAUGUCGGUUGAUUGUAAUCCUGGUGAAAGAUUGAACCAGGUCGUAGAAGUAAACAUGAAGGUUGAGGACCCUGGACCUGAGAAUCCUCACAACAACGCGUUCUAUGCUGAGGAGACGCUUCUGAGUUCCGAGCUGCAUGCGCAGCGUGACUGCAAUGCAUUAACUCAUCGCCACUGGAUUGUACGAAAUACUAGGACAUUCAAUCGAACAGGCCAGCUGACUGGUUACAAACUCAUGCCAGGGCGUAAUUGUCUGCCUCUAGCUGGGCCAGAUGCUAAGUUCUUGCGCCGCGCUGCGUUUCUAAAUCACAAUCUCUGGGUUACGGAGUAUAAACGUGAUGAAUGCUUUCCAGGUGGGGAGUUCCCAAACCAAAAUCCUCGUGUUGGGGAAGGGCUACCGACUUGGGUGAAGCAGGAUCGCAAGCUGGAGGAGACGGAUGUUGUGCUUUGGUAUGUCUUUGGUGUGACGCACGUCCCUCGUCUUGAAGAUUGGCCUGUCAUGCCUGUGGAGCACGUUGGCUUCAAACUUCUGCCCCAUGGAUUUUUUAACUGUUCCCCGGCCGUUGAUGUGCCACCGAGUGAGGCAACUAUUGCGGAAGAUGGUAUCAAGGAAGCGCCUGCGAAAGGAGUAGGACCGACAGAUUCCAUACAACCGACGCUGCUAUCGAAGCUGGGCAUAGAAAGGAUGAGAGUGUGGCCGUCAGGUUCACGACGCAUUGCGGUGGCUUUACGUAGCUCGCAGCAGCAGCAGCAACAUGCCUACAGCCCGGAAGUUUUUGUGUGCUGCAAAACGGCCGAAUUUAGGGCUUCCUCGUUGCUGCUUGGAGCUGAUAUUACGAGAUCAGUCCCAAUUCUAGAGUGAAAGUUUGAUCAGGAAGUACAUGUAAGUGGUGAAACCAAUAACUGAAUAUAGAAAAUUAUUGAGGAGUAGCAGGGAGCCAUGACACUGCACUGUUUUCAUGAUUUGCAAGAGAAUAUGGAAUCUUACAAAAAGAGUUAUUCAAGUAUCAGUCCAAAUCCGUUCUAGAGUUUAGGGUUUAACAUUUGGAGGUUGUGGGUUUGCUAGAAGUCUGAAUAUUAUAAAGGAUGAAUAUUUGUAUUAUAUGUUCAUUUAAAUAAAGAGUUUGCAUAAAUAUAUA